UUGGUAAUAGGGUAAAUUAUGUACGACCGAUUUACGUUAACAGGGGAAAAUGACAUUGGAAAUGAAAUUUAAUGUGACAAAUUAAACAAGAUGACUCGGUUAACUGUUCCUCUUUUUGCUGCGAAGAGACCUCUUAAAAAAUUCACCAACUACUUGCCUAAACAUCCAUACAAAAUAUUGCUUCCACCAGUUCUGAAGAACAACGUUCAGAACGUUGUACUCUCGGAUCCACAAGGUAAACAAUGUCUAGGACCAAUGUCAGAAUUAAUGCAGUGUUGGAAAAAUAACGACUUUGCAGUUGACAAAUGUGUAAAAGAAAAUAAUGUUCUUCAAGACUGUAUGAAAAAGGCUGCAAUUGAGGACCAGAAAAUAAAAGAAAAAAUUGCCACAGGAAAAGAGAAAGUAUUAGGCAGAUACAAUAAUGCUGCUGUAAACAAAAUGUUGAGGAAGUUUCCACAGCCACCUCACUCAAUCAAACCAAAAUAAGAUCUCUGGUACAAUUCACCAGUAUGUAUGGUUGAUAUUUGAAGUUGUGAGAAAGGUUUUAACAGUUGAACAUGUGAUACAUUGGACAAGAUUGUGUUAGACUGGCUAAUGAAUGGUCUGAUAUGUAUAAAUGGAGAUACCAAUAGAUCUUUCAUUUACUUAUUUGCCACAUAAAUAUUAAAAUUAUCACUGCAUUGCUUGCAUUGCCUGCA